GGUCACAUGACCCGGUCUUUCCCAAAUACGGUGUGCGCAUUUUUAUCCACUGCACGCGCACGCUCCACUACUUCAAAGUUUGUUGACACAAGCUUUUUCUUUAGUUCACCGCUCCCCACCCUACCAUUCCUUGAACAGCCAAGCCAUUCGCUCCGAGCAGUACGUCACUUACUUUUCGAGGCCCAGCCGGCCCAGCCCAGCAAGUGAUUACCGCACUUCGCUGACAGUUCUAUCAUGGGGAGUGUCGGCAUGUGCCUGUUACUUUCGGCAUGCUUAGCUUGCUUAGCAUCCAUCGCCGGUCACAAGUACAGCGAAGCUAUGAACAAGGCCGGACCCCCGCCCAAGCCCUCUGUGAACCCGGACGAGGCCCCGUUCCGCAUGCACAAGCUCAACGCUCUGUGGGAGAAAGCGCAGAAGAGGCUGAGCGAGGCCAAGCUGAAGGGGCUGUACACCGAGCUGAAGGUGCAGGACAAGGACGAGCUGGCCUGGAAGAAGCUCAGGGGAGCUGGCCAGGACAAAGAGGGCCUCAAGGAGGCCGAGCUCAGGCACAGGCUGAAGGAAAUAGUGGAGCGGUUUGGCCUGGCAGAGCACUUCAAGCAUCACGACGCUGUUCCACUGGAGCAUCCCAAUGCGCCGCGUGCGGACCGGCUCUUCAAGGAUAAGAAGCUCAACAAGCUCUGGCGCAAGGUCGAGCAGUCAGGUCUGGAUGAGUUGGAGCUGAAGACGUUGAAGGAAGAGUUUCAGCAUCAUCAGGACAAGAUCGACGAGUACUACGAGAUCCUGGACGGCACAGUGGAUUCCUCAGGCAAGAGUCGCAACGACCACGAGAAUUCGCUAGACGAGGUGUUGUCUGCGACGGAGGACGCCUCGGAUGCGGCCAAGCGACUGGUGGAGAACGGACUCCCGCACGCGGCUCUAAAGCAGCACCACCAGCAGCUCAGGGAAGGCUAUGAGAAGCUGAGUGCCCGUGCUUCCCAGCUCGCCGGCAUGAAGGACUUCGAGGAGGAGAAGGUUCAGCAGCUGUGGAAGCUGGCGCAGCAGGCCGACUUCACGCCCACAGAGCUGAACUCCCUCAGGGAGGAGUUGUCGCACUACGAGCAUCGCCUGCGCAAGCUGCACCACUUCCGCUCCGAGCUGCAGCUGAAGGCAGACCUGACGGGAGGGAAGCUGGACACUGACCCAGACGAAGUGAAGACCCUCAGGCAGCGCGUCAAGCAGUACAACCACAAGGUGGGCAAACUCCACGGCGAGCUGGAGGGACGGAUUCUCCAGAGACGAACAGAGCUUUGAAGUUGCACAAGUCCAGUUCUGCUCGCCUGUGUGCGCAACAGACUUGCGACCAGUUCGACGGAGUUGCGCGACGUGGGACUGCUCCGCACCAGUGAUUGCAUUGACGGCAGCAUGCUUCAUGGCGUCAUUUAGCUUGCGUCUCUAUCUCUGUAAAAAGGAAAUGUGUUCAACUUGUUGUGGAUAGGACUGUGGAACUCUCUAGUAUAUUUUGCCUCGUUUGUUUCAUGUUUUCGUUGCUCGCCAAAGGCCCAGUGACCAAUGACUGCAUCGGUGGCAACACAUUUCAUGACUGCAUUUUUCGUAGGCCACAAUCUCUGUAAAAAAGUGGUGCCAGAUUGUUGUGGAUAGGAAUAUGGAACUUUCUAGUAUUUUUGCUUUGUUGUUGAAAGCUUUUUUUUUAUUUCUUGCCCAAGUGGUAGCAGUUGAGUUCUCGUUAGACCUCUAGGUUCUCUAGUCCUGAAAUAAUAGUUGAAACAAAAGAUAGCAGUGUGGUAGCUCGGGACCAGAUUUGUUCUGUCAAUUGGUAUGCCAAUUUUCAAAGGUGAUGGGGUAUUGCAAAUAUGUGCAACUGUGGUGGUUAGAAUGAGUGGUGCAAAGUAGUUGAACAGCACUUGAGAAAAGUGCUAGGGAGGAACUAGUACUAUUGAGAUUGUCAUUUUCCUUUUUUCGGUGAAGACAGAUAUGAAUGUCCAAUGUUCACCCUAGUGAAGAAAGAUAUGAAUGCCCAAUAAACAUAAAAGAACUUCUACAUGACA